AUGAAUCAGGAUAACUUGAAUUCCCAAGCUUUAUACUAUUUCGAUCCAGAUGAAGCCAUUUUUGGCGCAAAUACACAAGAUUCUGACUUUGGUGGUGGUGAUUUUUCACUUCCUCCACAUUCUCAAGUCGAAGUUUCAUUCAAUGAGGACCACGACUCAAUUGAGAAUUCUUCGGAAUUAAAUAAUAGUGCUCGAUUUAGUAAGAAAAAGAAAAGGGUAGUAGGUACUUCAGCUUAUUCGCAAAAUGGAGGCGAUGGUGGUGAAUUCAAUGAAAGCAUGGAAAUCAGUGGGAUAAAUGAUUCUGAAGAGCUGCCUGAACACGCGUGUGCCUAUUGUGGAAUAAGUGACCCCGCUUGUGUGGUCCGUUGUAAUAAGACGAAAAAGUGGUUUUGCAAUGGGCGCGGUAACACUUCUGGAAGUCAUAUUAUUCAUCAUCUCGUGCGAUCAAAAUAUAAUGAUGUCUCAUUGCACAGACAAAGUCCAAUUAGUGACGUUGUUCUUGAAUGCUAUAUGUGUGGUGUACGAAAUGUCUUUCAUCUUGGCUUCGUACCAGCAAAAAAGGAAUCAGUUGUUAUACUCUUAUGUCGCCAACCAUGUUCCUAUAGUAAUACUCAUUUAAAUUGGGAUCCCACACAUUGGCAGCCUCUUAUUAACGAUAAGGCCUUUGUGUCAUGGCUUGUCAAAGUCCCUAGUGAACAGGAACAGGCAAGGGCUCGACAAAUAUCUGCAGAGCAAAUUAAUCGGUUGGAAGAAAUGUGGCGAGAUAAUCCUGAAGCUGAUGUAGCAGAUAUCGAGAAGCCGGGAGUUGAAAAAGAGGCUGAUCCUGUUCUUCUACGUUACAACAACGCACAGCAUUACAUAAACACAUUCAUCCCCCUUAUUCAACUAGAAGAACAAUACGAUCGCCGAAUGAAAGAGUCCAUUAGAAUGGAGAAAGUUGCCGUAAGAUGGGAAGUUGCUCUAAACCGAAAGAAAGUUGCUCGUUUCAAAAUUCAUGGCUCUAAGGAUGGUCCUGAAAUGAAAAUUAUUUAUGGUGAUCAGUUGAAGCUCGUUAAAACAUACAAGGGUGAAUUCGAAGCUGAGGGACAAGUUAUAAAAGUUCCAGAUAAUAUAUCUGAAGAUGUACUUUUGGAAAUGCACGCGUUCCCCGAAGAUUUCGACGACGCUCCUUACUACUCAGUUUACUUUACUUGGAAGGGUACUACAUUUGAUAGGAUGAAAUCUGCUGUUAAUAGACUUUCUGGAAAUGAGCUUCAUGAUUAUCUCAAAAGGCGUAUUCUUGGGCAUCCAGUGGAACCGUUAGUAUGGAAGUGCGAUAUGCCCAAACACUUUUCAGUUCACGGUUUACCAGAGUUGAAUCAUAGUCAAGUCAAUGCGGUAAAGACUGUACUUGAACAGCCACUCAGUUUAAUUCAAGGUCCACCAGGAACUGGAAAGACUGUCACUACAGCAACCCUUGUCUACCAUCUCAAACAAGUUCGUAUCGGUCGAGUGCUGGUUUGUGCUCCCAGCAACACAGCUGUAGAUCAAUUGUGCGAAAAGAUUGAACAGACUGGUCUAAAUGUUGUCAGAGUCUGCGCCAGGUCGAGAGAGGCUAUCUCCACUCCAGUAUCCCGACUGUCUCUCCACGUUCAAGCUAAGAAUAUCCCCGGAAAUACCGAGUUGAGAAAACUCCAAGCCUUAAAGGAUGAGGCGGGUGAGUUGAGUCGGGAAGAUGAAAUGCGUUAUCGUCAACUUCAGAGUGAGGCGGAGGGUAAAAUUUUAGCAGCAGCUGAUGUGGUCUGUUGUACAUGUAUAACAGCUGGUUCCAGACGCCUUGAAUCUCACUUCUUUAGCUCUGUUCUCAUCGAUGAGUCAACUCAGUCAACUGAACCGGAAUGCCUGAUUCCCAUAAUCAAGAGUGGAUGUCGUCAAGUGAUCCUUGUAGGUGAUCAUUGUCAAUUGGGUCCGGUGAUCACUUGCAAAAAAGCAGCAAAUGCAGGUCUUACGAAGAGUCUCUUUGAACGGCUUGUGGGCUUGGGUAUUCGUCCUAUUCGUUUACAAGUCCAAUAUCGUAUGCACCCUUCUCUGUCGUCAUUCUCAAGUAACGUAUUCUAUGACGGAAGCUUGCAGAAUGGUGUAACUAAGGAGGAUCGUGUUGCUGACCCCAAGUUCCCUUGGCCCAAUCCUGAAAGUCCCAUGUUCUUCUACUGGAUUAAAGGCUAUGAGGAAAUAUCUGGGAAUGGUAUCUCCUAUCUCAAUCGAACUGAAGCGGCAGCUGUUGAAAAGAUUGUUACACACAUGCUCAAAUCCGGUAUCGAUGCGCGCAACAUUGGUGUUGUUACACCAUACGAGGGUCAACGCGCUUACAUUGUACACUACUUCCAACUCGUCGGUGUUAUGAAUCACAAACUCUAUCAAGCAAUCGAGGUGGCCAGUGUGGAUGCUUUUCAGGGACGUGAAAAGGAUUAUAUCAUCCUCUCCUGUGUUAGAGCGAAUGAGAAUCAGGGAAUUGGUUUCUUGAAUGACCCCCGGCGACUAAAUGUGGCUCUCACUCGUGCCAGAUAUGGCCUCAUUAUUGUCGGAAAUCCAAAGGCUCUCUGCAAGAAACCUCUGUGGAAUUACUUGCUUCAUUACUACAAGGAACAUGAUCUCCUUGUAGAAGGUCCAUUAACUAGCCUAACCCAAUCCAUUUUAAACGUGCCCAAGCCGAACUCAGCCUACAUCUACAAACCAGGCGCUCACGGUUUCAAUCAACUGGCAAACGCUGUGCCCCAACCUGACACCCGAAUGAACCACCAAGAACAGCUAAUGAUGGCUGCAGCGGCAGCAGCUCGUGCAGGUCGUGUUGGUGGUGGACCCAACAUGACCAAUCAGAAUCCUAUGGAAACAUCGAGGAACAGCUUCGUAGAAGCCAUGACACGAGCAGCGUCCGAUUACUUUAGUCGAAACCCACAGCAGCAUAUUAUGGCUACGAGGGGUGGUGAUGAUGGAACGCCCAAUGCUUACGCAAUCGCAGCCGCUGUGGCAGCUACUCAAGGCCUCACCUUUAAUCAACCGGGACAAGGUCCAACACCUUUUGGUGCUAAUGGUACCUUCAGACAUGUCAAUGUCUACGAUGACUUUAUUGCUCAAACUACCAACUCAUUACUACUGGAAAGGGAAGAAGAGAUCCAUUCGAAGGCCAAUCGCUCUCAAAAGAAAACGAAUUCGAGUCGAGAUCCGUAUAUUCGUUCUGAUGUUAGUAACGGCCAAGGACUAUCACAAGCAUCUGAGAUGGGUGGUGGAAUGCUUAGUCAGGAUAAUGUGAUGCUCUCACAGGAUAUGUUUUCUGGAAGUGGGAUGGGCGGUUAUGGUGGUGUUUCACAGGCAGACGUUGACAAUGAACUGGUGCUCUCAAUGGAAGGUCUCACAUUCAAAGACCCAGAGGCUGCACGAAGAAAAGGUCCCAAAAAGUCCACUUUAAGUGGACAAGCUAAAAUGUCCUUCUCGGUUCGUCGCAAACUCAGCAAAAUGAUCCGCCUUGGUCCUGAUAAUCUGCAGGUUAUAUCCGAUUUUGAUUGGACUCUUUCCAGAGCUUUCACAAAGGAUGGGCAAGUGAAUUCAACAUGUCAUGGAAUUUUUGAAAAGGAUCCUGAAUUGACUAAUGAGGCCAGAACUAAAUUGCGAAUGCUCAAACAAACAUAUGGAUCAGUGGAGUUCGACAAAAAUAUUCCGAACUCUGUGAAAAUCCCUUACAUGUUGGAAUGGUGGGAUAUCUCUCAUCGAAUUAUCGUUUCCUGCAAUAUUCAUAAAGCCGGUCUUCGUUCAACUGUGUUUAACAGUAAUCUUCAACUGAGAGAUCGUGUUCCAGAAUUCAUGGCUGAAUUGCAUAAGCAUAAUAUUCCAGUUGUGGUAUUUUCUGCAGGUCUUGGAAAUGUUAUCGAAUUAGUCCUUGAAAAAGAGGGUCUGCUGUAUGACAAUGUUAAGGUUGCUUCCAAUUUCAUGAAUUUCAACGAUGAGGGCCUCUUGGUUAGCUUCCAAUCUUCUGUUAUUCACACCUUCAACAAGGCAUUUGGUAGCCUUGCCUUGAGUGAGGAGGAUCGUAAAUUGUUUGUCAAAAAACGCUGCAUAAUGCUUCUGGGAGAUUCUCUGUACGAUAAUCACAUGGCUGAUGGACUUGUGGAGGAUAAUAGUCAUGAAGAUGUUUGUGAGGAUGAAUCAUCUGUGGUCCUAAAAAUUGGAUUCCUUAAUGCCAAUAUUGAAACCCUUCUUGAAGAGUAUAUGGAACUGUAUGAUAUCGUUCUAACUUCCAAUGAUGGGUUUGAUCUCCCCCUAGAAAUCUUCAACUGCAUUGUGGAGUCUAGUCAGGGCGAAUGA